GCAUCUUUCAACCUAAAAAAGACAGAAUCCACAAACCCACCUCUGCAGCCAUUGCCAUUGUUCUCCUCUAUUUCACUAAAAAACCCUAAUUUCCCAACAUAGUAAUUUCUGGAUGGCGAUCUGCUUCCACUUUCAAUCUCCUCUAAAACCCAUCACUUUCCAUCCAUCAACGACCAAAGGAGUCCCCAUCUUUAGAUGCAAAGCCUCUCUUCCCACCAUCACCACUACUACAGAGCCCGAGCCCCUCUUUACUUCUGUCAAGUCUUUCGCCCCUGCCACGGUAGCCAAUCUCGGUCCAGGCUUCGACUUCCUUGGCGCCGCCGUUGAUGGUCUUGGCGACUUCGUCUCCCUCAGCAUCGACUCUUCUGUCCGCCCGGGUCACGUGUCGAUCUCAGAAAUCUCCGGAUCCUCUAAACUGUCCUCCAACCCUCUCUUCAACUGUGCUGGCAUCGCAGCGAUCGCCACCAUGAAAAUGCUCAACAUUCGCUCCUUUGGCCUUUCCCUCAAACUCGAAAAAGGCUUACCCUUAGGCAGCGGUCUAGGUUCUAGCGCCGCAUCCGCCGCUGCCGCUGCCGUGGCGGUCAACGAACUCUUCGGCGCCAAACUCGGAGUCGACCAGCUGGUUCUUGCGGGAUUAGAAUCCGAAGCAAAAGUGUCUGGUUAUCACGCAGAUAAUAUCGCUCCGGCAGUUAUGGGAGGUUUCGUCCUAAUCAAAAGUUACGAACCUCUAGAACUAAAGCCCUUAAUUUUUCCCAAAAGUCAGGAACUGUUUUUCAUUUUAGUUAGCCCGGAAUUCGAGGCCCCCACCAAGAAAAUGCGGGCGGCUUUGCCCGCCGAAGUCGGGAUGCCACACCACGUUUGGAACUGUAGCCAAGCGGGUGCAUUGGUAGCUUCGGUGUUAGAGGGUGAUGUGGUAGGGUUGGGGAAAGCGUUGUCAUCGGACAAGAUCGUGGAGCCGAAACGGGCGCCGUUGAUUCCGGGGAUGGAAGGAGUGAAGAAGGCGGCGAUCAAGGCCGGGGCUUUUGGGUGUACGAUUAGUGGUGCGGGUCCGACGGCCGUGGCUGUGAUUGAUGAUGAAGAGAAGGGUAAGGAGAUUGGGCAAAGAAUGGUGGAGGCAUUUCUAGAAGUGGGGAAUUUGAGGUCGGUAGCUAUGGUUAAAAGGCUUGACAGAAUUGGUGCUAGGCUUAUUGACAGUGUUCCCAGAUGAUGAUGAAUUAUGAUCUAAGACAGAAGAAUUUUGGGUUUUCUUUUCUUUUUCCGUUUCUUUUGUGUGUGGAAAGCUUUGAAUCAAAAUUAUGAGCCAUCGACAUUGGGUUUUGAUUUCAAUAGUUGUAAGCCAAAGUGCAACAAACUUCUUCACCUUUUCUGAAAUAAAAGUGAAAAUUUCUGGUCUAUACUUUCUUUUUAACU